CAUUUUACGAACCAUCGGCAGGCUUGAAGGUCUUAAGAUAUUCUUAAAUCCGCGAUUGUAGGAACUGUCGAAGUCUGACAACUGUCAAAUGAUAAUCAUACAGGCGAGGUUACGACAUUAAAAAAAUUGAAAUGGCAGCUGAAAUUAAACCAGCACCGGGUGUAAACAACGAAAGAUUUAGUACGACUCGAAAACCAAUUCUAUUAUCGAAGCUAGAAGGUUGUAAUGACGACGUGAAUGGGGCGAUAAUCAUACCCCGAGAAGACGGUGUUAUCAGUAUUUGCGAUGACAGGACCGUCAGAGUAUGGCUAAAACGCGAUUCAGGACAAUAUUGGCCCAGCGUAUGCCAAUAUAUGGGUGCUGCUGCAACGGCAAUGCAUUAUUGCGCAGAAACGAGACAGCUUUUUGUCGGCUUAGAAAACGGAGCUAUUAACGAUUUUAUAUUGGAAACUGACUACAACCGCAUGACUCCAAUGAGAGAGUGCCUUUCUCAUCAAGGUCGAGUUACUGGAAUUAUAUUCGCUUUGAAUUGUGAAUGGGUACUCAGUAUCGGCCGAGAUAAGCUUUUUCAAUUUCACUGCUCAGAAACCGGACAUAGGCUUGGUUCUUUUCAAACAGAUGCUUGGUUCACGGCAUUGCAAUUUGCAUCAUUGACUAAACAUGCUUUUGUCGGAGAUUAUUCGGGACAGAUAUCCAUGCUCAAAUUGGAGAGCACUGGUGCUACUCUAAUCACCACUCUGAAAGGUCAUACAGGAAGUAUCCGCACGCUCGCCUGGAAUUCUGAAAAAGAUCUGUUAUUUUCUGGGAGCUUUGACCAAAGUGUUAUUGUUUGGGACAUCGGAGGUUGCCAAGGCACUGCGUACGAACUUCAGGGGCAUCACAAUAAGGUAACAGCUUUGUGCUAUGCAAGUGCAGAGCGCUUACUUCUUUCUGGCGGUGAAGACGGAGUGAUAGUUGUUUGGGACAUGUCCGCCAACAGGAAAGAAACUCCGGUUUGGGUUGAGUCUGACACAUGCCAGUCUUGCGGACGACCUUUCUUCUGGAAUAUCAAAGCUAUGAUGGAUCAAAGACAACUUGGAUUGAGGCAGCAUCAUUGCCGCCACUGUGGUCGUGCGCUUUGUGCUCGUUGCACAACUCAACGCAUACCUAUUCCUACCAUGGGUUUUGAGUUUGAAGUACGAGUGUGUGAUCCAUGCCAUACUCAACUAAAAGCUGAUAAUCAAACGUCGUUGGCAUCGUUUCACGAUGCUAAACACAGCGUAGUUGGAAUGGAUCUAGAUGCCCCGCGUCGCAGACUGCUAACCAUCGGUCAAGAUCGGGUUAUUAAAAUUUGGGACGUUAGCGCGCUCCUCCAAUAAAUUUUCUUGCAGAAAUAUGUAACUCACACACAUUAUUGUAAAAAUGUUGAUUCAUUGUUCAAUUAAAAUUAUCGUGUGAUAACAAUAAUAUCGCAUAUACUGUGUACACGCGACGGUAACACACGCCUUUUCAAAAUUUAGGCAUACUAUAGUCUCGAGAGUGCAGUUAUUUUUUAUCUUUGUAAAAUAUUAAUAGCUAUCAAGAAGUACUUCCAUCGUGUUUAAUCAAGUUUACCUGAUCAUAGGUAUAGUGGUAAAGUGAGAAACAGCAUCUAACAUGGAAUGUAUCGGCCUUCCGGGUCAUGAAUUCUGCCGGAACUUUCAGGGGUGUUUUUUUGGCCCAAAAUAUGGAGCUCCUUAUGUAUGGUUUAAUCUAUUGAGCCUUCCUUUACUUUACAAUAGGUCAGGUUGAUCGGUAAUUCGUAGUUACUUUACUAAUGCUCUGAAAUGAUUCAACCGUUCGCAACCCAAUUAUAGCAUCUGAUAAAUUGGAUUGCGAACGGUUGAAUCAUUUCAGAGCAUUAUUAAUACAUAAGACAAAAAUACCCGACAUGUUUCGUUUGUUACUGCAUUUCACUUAUCAAACUGGUGAUGUAAUCAAUUGUGAACAGCGUGUAGGAAAGCCUAUCAGAUGAAACUACACAUCACAGGAUUCAUAUUUAAGGCUAUAUUCAUGUAGAAUCCAUGAUUCAGAGGUGUGAUACUCACCUUGCAAGUUUUAUGCAGAUAGCCUGUUUUACUAUUCAGUCUUCAGUAAUCCAUCAUGUUUCAUUUCUUUGUUGAAUAAAAAAAUGACAAAUAAAUCAGUCAUCCGAUUGAACUUGCACUGUACAUUAGUAUCACAGUAACAGUAACAAUAUAUACCAAACCAAUAAUACCCCAGUCUUCAAAGUAGAUAUAUUACAAUAAUUGCUUCAUAGUGUUCUAAGGGCUUUGUAAUCAAACUUAAGCAGUGAAUGAAGAAAUUUGACAGCAACUCAUUGACUCAGAUUACAAGGAAGUACAGAAAGAUAAUGGCGAUCAUUUAAUCCUUCCUCGAGUCACAAUUUGUUUCUUCUCCAAUUGUGGUCAGAAGUUAUAAUUCGUAAAUAGCUGCUAGUGUGUUGUUAAAAAAACACAUUCUUUGAAUUCAAUUUUUCGACUGAUUUGAUGAUGAUUUAAUUCAAUUCUAAAAUUGAAAAUUUACAUUUCUAAAUGAAUUGGUCACUUCAAGUUAACACGUUUUAUCACAUGCUUUAAGUACACGAAACUCUAUUACUCUAUUACCUAACUCAAUCAUAAGAAGUGAUUCCUGGACCAAUUUUUAAUACCAUUAAACUAUUUUUUCCAUUACAGUAAUUCCCACUACAGUAAUUCUUACACAAUGAAGUAGCUUCACAGUUUAGAUAUGUUAAAGCGAAUAAUUCAUUUUUUAAGUAUAAGUGGCAAUAGUCUAAUACGGA